CCCUGCAUUUAUAAAAGUGGGUGAGCCCAUCUCUGCUGACUGUGUUGAGUCAGAAGGAGCCAGAUCAGCUUUCUCUUUGGCUCAUCUUUUCUGAGUGAAGUAGGGAGUGCCGCCAGCAAGGUCGGCAAGUCAGAAUGAAUUUAUUUUCUGGACUGCUGCCCUAAAGCACCGGGGCCCAACACUUGUGUGCAUGCUUAUAAACACACACACACAAGGAUGCUCUGCAGACAUCUGAAAUGUACAGUACAAGAUUCACCUUGUGCCUGCUGACAGUUGCUGGCAGCUCAGAGACUCUGGAGAGAGCUCUGAAGUGUAAAAAGGUAAUAAAUGGCAUCAUCCCGAUGUAAUCUGCGUAUCCAAGGGGAUGAAAACCUGAAGACAAUGAUGGAGGGAACUGUAAUGAGAAAAGUAAAGUCCCGGACUUGGAAGAAACAGCGUCAUUUCAAGCUUCAGGAAGAUUGCAUGACCAUUUGGUACAAAUCAAAGAAGACUGGCCAUUCACACUCCACUUUCUCUGUGAGUGAUGUGGAGGCAGUGAGGGAAGGUCACCAAUCAGAAGUUCUGCAGAGCAUCGCAAAUGAGUUCCCUCCUGACCGCUGCUUCACGUUUGUCUUCCGAGGUCGACGGGGAAAUCUGGACCUCAUAGCUGAGUCUCCAGAGGAGGCCCAGUCAUGGAUUCAAGGGAUGCGAAAGCUGAUUGAGAAUCUCGAAAGCAUGGGCCAGAGAGAAAAGCUUGAUCAGUGGAUAUGUGAUUGGUUCCAGAAGGCGGAUAAAAACAAGGAUGGCAGAAUGAAUUUCAAAGAGGUUAAAGAUCUUCUGAAAAUGAUGAAUAUUGAUAUGAAUGAGCACCAUGCCCUUCGCCUCUUCCAGAUGGCUGAUAAGUCAGAAUCAGGGACGCUGGAAGAUGAUGAGUUUGUGUUGUUCUACAAGAUGCUGACACAGCGAGAGGAUGUGCUGCUGAUCUUUCAGCAGUACUCAGAGAAUGGUCAGAAGCUUAGUUUGAUGGAAAUAGAAGAUUUCCUUCAUGAAGAGCAGCUGGAGCCUGAAAAAAGUCGACAGCACGCACUGAAGCUUAUUGAAUGUUAUGAGCCGUCAGACACAGCAAAAAAGCUCCAUGCCAUGACUUUUGAUGGGUUCCUCAUGUACCUUUGCUCUCCAGAGGGUUCAAUUUUCAAUCCUCAGCAUGACGUCAUCUAUCAAGAUAUGACACAUCCUCUCAACCAUUACUUCAUUUCUUCCUCUCAUAACACCUACCUGAUUGAGGACCAACUUCGAGGUCACAGCAGUGUGGAGGGAUACAUUCGUGCUCUUAAACGUGGAUGCCGCUGUGUUGAGAUAGACUGUUGGGAUGGACCCAAUGGAGAACCAAUUGUAUACCAUGGACACACCCUCACGUCCAAAAUCUUCUUCAGGGAUGUUGUCCAUUGUCUCAACAACUAUGCCUUUCGAGUAUCAGAGUACCCAGUCAUCCUGUCCAUUGAAAACCACUGCAGCGUUCAGCAACAGAGAGUAAUGGCACAACACCUGAACAGUAUUCUGGGGGACAAACUGCUAAAAACCACCCUGGAUGGGAAACUUCCGAGCCAACUGCCGUCUCCUGAGGAACUAAAGGGAAAAAUAUUACUGAAAGGGAAGAAAAUUGGUGGACUUGAAGAUUGCAUGCAGGAGCACACAGAUGAUACUUUCUCAGGGGAAGUCAGUGAUGAGGAUGAGGCUGCUGAAAUGGAUGAGGAACACCUCCGAAAUGACAUACUUCGCAAAAAAGGGAAGAAAUCGAAACAAAGUCUCUCAAAGGCACUUUCUGACUGUGUUGUGUACUGUAAAAGUGUGCCAUUCACUAGCUUCAGUGAUGCUCUGCAACACUCAAAGUUUUACGAGAUCUCUUCUUUCACCGAAUCCAAGUCACGCAAGCAUAUCAAGGAGGCGGCUGUAGACUUUGUAUUGCACAACUGUCGCCAGUUAACACGUGUGUAUCCCAGUGGAUUACGGACUGACUCUUCUAACUUCAAUCCUCAGGAGAUGUGGAAUGUGGGUUGCCAAAUAGUUGCUCUGAAUUUCCAAACUGCGGGGUUGGAGAUGGAUCUUAAUGAUGGCCGAUUUAGCCAGAAUGGCCGAUGUGGAUAUGUUUUAAAGCCUGCAUUCAUGAGAAGCAUGGACAGCAAAUUUGACCCCGAAAAUCCUGCAGGAAGAGAGGACUACAGACCCCUGACUCUCUCUGUUCAGGUUAUCAGCGGACAGCAGCUACCCAAAGUCAACAAUAAAGAAGGCUCCAUCAUAGAUCCCUUAGUGAGGGUGGAGAUUCAUGGUGUGCCGAUGGAUCAGGCUAGGCAGGAGACCAAAUACAUAGACAACAAUGGCUUUAAUCCUUCAUGGAAUGAAACCCUCCAGUUUACUGUUCAUGUCCCUGAAUUGGCUCUGGUCCGCUUUGUGGUCGAAGAUUACGAUAAAACCUCUAAGAAUGACUUUGUGGGCCAGUACACCCUGCCCUUCACAAGCAUUCAACAAGGAUAUCGGCACAUCCACCUGCUUUCAAAAGAUGGGACCAGCAUACCACCCUCCUCACUAUUUGUACAUAUCCGAAUCAGUGACCUGACCUAAUGUCUACUCUUAUCUCGCUCAUCUGGCAAAUGCCAUUACUAAACUCCAGCAAGAGCGAGGUGGCUGACUAAACAAGGAAAAGAGAAGAUGUCCAUUCACAAAGAAGACUGCAACCACAUAGCAGAGCUCAUCUUAAAAUGUACAAGCUUACUCGUGAACCGUCCAAGUAUUAGAAGCUGAAUUGCACAUACUGCAGGCCUUGGCCUGGACUAGAGUAACUCCAGACAAUAUAAACACCUCAUCUUAACCCAAUGGGUUAAUAUUUCCUGUAAAAGCUGGAUAUUUUUAUUAUUCCUAUUGACAGUAGACUCUUUGUUUUGCAGCCUGUUUGUUCGACUGAGACAUGCAGCUGUAAUCAUUAUCUUUGGCUUUUCCAUCAUCCAUAUUCAGCAAGCAUGAUCAUCUAUAAUGAUAAUGAAUUAGACUAACAAGUACCUGGCAAUUAAUGAAAAUCUCAAUAUGGUGUGCGUCUGACUUCCUUACUGGUUCCAGACAAUACCUCAGGGGCUCUGAUUGUGUAUGCAUGGCAUUCUUUGCUCACCUCUUGACACUACUUACGUACUUUUAAUAUAUGAAGACAAACGUAAUAUUCAUGCUGCUUAUUUGUAAGUAUAAAUAAUUUAUUUCACUUUCUUCUGACAUUUCAUAUAUUAAAGAAUAUAAGAAUGAAGUGAAGUAGUUAAUCUGCAUAAAAAGUUCAAUGAUAUGCAAAUGCUAACUAGUGAAUUGACAUGUCAGGUUUAAUGUACAUUCAGCUGUACGUGCAUGCUACUGAAGUUUAAAAGUGACAUUAGAAGGUAAAAAAAAUAUUAUGAAGUAUGUCUUGAUAUUAUUGUAAGAAAGUUAUUGUGCAGCACAUUACUCUUGAAAAACAUUGGCUAAGUUAGCACAGGGGUGUCAAACUCGCAUCGUAGAAGGCCACCAUAUCAUGGCUGCAGGUUUUCAUUCCUGCUGCUUUCUUAAUUAUCAACCAAUUACUGCUUCUAAUGGAACACUUAUUUUGCCUUAAUUUUAAAUUACUUACUUUUUUAAGAUUCACAGCAUUUAUUGAUUUUUUUAUGUUUUGCUUAACCAGCAGAUGCACACUAAUGCGUACAAAGCAAGCCAACUGUGACUCAUUUCUGGUGGGCCACCGUUUUCAUGCCAACCACUUUCUUAAUUAAAAGCCAAUUCU